AUGGACGACGAGUUGCCUGCUACCAAGACUGCGAAGCUUGCAUGCGGCCAUCGCAUGUGUCACUCAUGCCUCAAGCGCCAGUUCACCCUUUCGGUCUCCGAUCCCAAGCACAUGCCUCCAACUUGCUGCAAUGCAGAGCAUAUACCGCUUCAGAAGGUCGAGCGAUUGUUCGAUGACAAGUUCAAACGGCUGUGGAACAAGAAGUACGAGGAGUACACUACUGCCAAUCGAUUGUACUGUCCAACACGGGGUUGCGGCGAAUGGAUCAAGCCUUCCAAGAUCCGCAUGGAUUUAACCUACGGCAGAAAAUACGCACGCUGUGGCCGUUGUAGUACUAGAGUCUGUGUGCUGUGCAGCGGCAAAUUUCACACGAGGCGCGAAUGUCCGAGAGAUGAAGAAACAAACCGACUGGUUGAGAUGGCCAAGGAGAAGGGCUGGCAGCGUUGUUACAACUGCAGGGCCGUGGUUGAGUUAAAGGAAGGGUGCAACCACAUGACCUGCCGCUGCACAGCUCAAUUCUGUAUGGUGUGUGCAGCCCCGUGGAAGACCUGCAACUGUCCAUGGUUCAAUUACGCCCAUCUCGAUGAAGACGAUCGCCUAAACGACAUGCGUGUGCCAUACCACGAUGUGGUCGUGGUCGAGGAGGAAAUGCCGUCUCAGCCCGACCCUGUACCCCUCCGCCGUGCCAGCACACGAUCACGCCGCAGGCCAGAACGCGAACGCGAUCUCGACCGAGCUGAUGACAUUCUUGCUGCUCAUCUUCAGGCGCAACUUCGGAUGGACGGGCCUCCGACAGCAUCAGAACUCCAUCGUGCCGACCCUGUCGUGGGCGUCUACGGCCUGGGGAACUCUGGCGGCCACCACAUGAACGAUUCGUACGCUGUACGACCACUCGCUACAGCGGCUGCUCGCACAGCUACCCGCUCCGCAGCGCCACGGUCCUUUUUCGGCAGUCGCCGUGUCGUACGCGAAACACAUCGAGAAGCGCCGCGGCCACAAACUGUACACACUGUCCAAACUGUCAGGGCAUCGGCCAUGGCUGGAUUAUCGCGAGACGGAUCGAAGCGUGGAGCUAAUAGAGUCGGAACCUGGCUCAGCCACGUCUCAGUAGACGAAGAAGCGAUUCACACAGCACCUAGGGACGUAGAAGUCGACGAUUGGAGGGUCGAUGGAUCUGUUCGCGGGAUCGACUGA